CAGAUUGGCUUUCCAGAAGCUUUUGGAGGGGGUGUUAGGGGGAGCGGGGAAGAACCUACACAAAUUUGGAGGCAUCCAGCAGCCCUCCAUAGAGCACAGGCAGCCUCUGCAAAGGCUGCCACCUCCCAGUCCACUGAAUAGUCGCAUAACCCCCGGGAACAAAAACCGUCCUUUCUACCAGGUAGCUAAGCCUCUGAUGAUCCCCAGAUCCUUCAGAUCUAGAUCAAAAUGAAGGUCAAGCCACAAUGGGGAUCCAGACCCCGCGCCGGUGGAGGGCGGGCCCCUCUACAACCGCAAACGCCCACGGAACCGCGGUCGCCCAGGCCUGUCCUCGGGGACGUGGCUGGAGCGCAGCGGCCGCGCUCAACUACUCUCUGGAGCCCCCAGCGCGGACCCAUUUCCAAGGGGGAAUCCCCGGGACAUCUUGGGGAGGCUGGGGGGGGAGGGCGGCAGACGCGGGCGCGCGCGCCGGACACACACGCGCGCACACUCACACGUGCAACGUGCACACACCUGGCCAGCGGCUGCACGGCGCGGAGGGGGCUGCCGGUCACCGCCGCCCCCCUGCCAAGGGCCGCCCCCAACACCCCCCCUCAGCCAGCGGCCCUCCCGCCAGGGCACCCCUCCGGGCCCCCCACGCCGGCCGCGCACCGCGGGCUCCCGCUACCAGGGAAUCUGGAUAGGAGAACGUAUUCUUUACUCGGAGGAAAUUUUAUUAAACUGGAAUUUCAGAGAGAAGUAAGAAAGAAGCAUUCCAAAUCACAGAAGUCAGCAAGAAAGCAAAAGGCUGAUGGAACAAACCUGGCCUGGCAACAUCACCUCUCCUGGGCUCCAUUUUCUCAUUGCUGAGUUGGAAACAGGGAGCAAUUGUCAGAGCCCUCGCUGGUCGCUGUGGGUGAACCCCAGACCAUUAGCCCCGGACCUCAAAGGGUGCUCAGGGCGAGAAAACUGGGAGGACUCAUUGGACUAUAAACAGUCAGCCAAAGGGGGGCAUUUCUCACCUCUGAGCCCCUGGCCUGGGCCUACAGAGACCACUGGAUGUCCUUCCUCACCUCAGCAGGAUCCCUGCCAGAGGCUGCACUGACUCCUGCUCUAAGACUGACUUGCUGACGAGUUGCAUAUGAAACAAAGAAAAGAUGGGGCAGAGCAAGAAGGGAAG